CAGCCAGCAGAUAUUAAAACUCAGUGUGUACAAAGUAACAUAAUCGAAACCACAGAACUUGUACGAAUCUUUCGUAAACGUGUCGAACAUGGGAGCGCAAAAAACGAUCGCUUACUUGGCAAUAAUUGCCAUAGCUGUAAUCUUUGCGCAAGUAAACACGGCUCCACCAGUCGGUCACUAUGCCGCCAACAACACAAACAAGUCACACAACUUGGUCGUUGGGUACAGAAUGCCUGGUGACAGGCUUGUACUCAGACAGAGUGUCGUUAAGAAUUCUUCCUGGGGAAGGAUCGUCGUCGAGGAAAGAACAUUCAACGUCUCAAGUUGGGAAAGGAUCACCAUGAUCCAGGCACUUGAUCAGAAAACCAAUGGUAACGGUGCCUACGCCAGCAUUACCAACGGUGGCCCAGGAAACCAGAACGUUACCAUCCGACUAAAGAGCCAGAGGGGUCAUGGAAUCAACUUUGUCAUCGAGAUAUACUCACGAUACUAAGCUGGUAUGACUGACACGAACACAGUUGUUUGGAUAUGUUUAUGGGAUGCAACGUGCAAAUCAAAGUUUACUUGUUUCUUUCUUGUAAAACCUUUUACAUCUUGAAGAAUUUGUCUAAUUUUGAAGUAAAUAUGUCAAUUAUUUAAUAUAAUAAAAUUUAUCGAUCAAAAAGUAA